AUGGUGCCGCCAUCAAGAGCGGGAUCUUUUUCACCAAAUCCUGCACAGACUCUGCAGACAGGAAACAGCCACUCGCCCAACCCGUCGCAAGGAGGGCAGUUUAGCUCGGGCGCGAGUCCCAGCACGCAUAGCCCGACCGGAACCAAUCCACUGGCUAAGAUUGUCGUUGCUCAGAUAUACCUGCUUUUGAGUACCAUCAAGGAGGAUAAGGGUCGCGUCAAACGGGAGACCCAGGCGGAUCAGCUUAAAAAGCUCCUCGAUGAUCACGGCAUGGAGGUGUUUUCUAAAUACUUCACCCGGCUUGUUGCCGGCAACGCUGGCCAGAUUUUUCCUGGCUUGACGCGACCGGUCUCGAAUCCUGGAAACUACCACCUCCUUGUCAGUGAAAUGCGGAAUAUUGCUCACGAUGCGAACCAAGCAAUAAAAAUUGCCGAAUCCAUCGAUUCUGGUACAGAGGAUAUAUUCCGUGAUUUUGACCUGUCGACUUUCAUGGAGCAUUUUAAACUUGAUGCUCUCGAGAAGACCAUACUUGCGCUUGCAUUCAAGCUUGGGUCGCGAUCUGACCUGAAGACCAAGGCCGAUGCCAUCCUCUCAACGAACUUUCCUACUUUUGUCAACAUCAUCGCUCGUCCAGACCUCGAGGAGCAUGCCGACUUGACCGACUCAUUCAUUGCCACUAUCGUCGACCGCUUCAUUCAGUACCAACCACCUAACUUCAAUGCAGCCUCGAAAUCUGAGCUAGCUUUCAAGGUGAAAUCUCGCUGGGACGGUGAUCAAGCGCCUCCUCCAUCUGAAGUUCUUGCUGCCUUGGACUUGGUUAGAGUUCUAGCUGACAAGCCGCCUAAUGCCCUCGCCACCUACAUACAGCGUACGGGUGCAGGUUUCACGAAGGAUCAUGAUGCCUGCGUUUCAUACCUGCAAAAUCGGCCAACUCAUGUGCAACUCUCGGAGGAGCAGGUUUCCAUCGCACUCACGUAUACAACCAUCAGUCAAACGCCUCACCAUGACCCUGGCAUUCUUGCCGCAGCUUUACGGCGGGUUCUACCGUCAACCUUCCGUUGGCAAGAUGUCGUCACCUACUUCGAUCAGCGCUCUGCCCGCAUAUCGUCGCAGCAGUUCUUGAUGCUUUACAAUGCCCUCGUACCGAUCGCACAAGACAGCUCGUCUUCUCUCAAUAUUGAGCAACUAUGGGGCGGAAACUGGGAAAACCCGGAAACACAGCUCUCCUUCAUCUGCGCAUUCGCGUCGCUGAUGCCAGACCAACUUGACGCGAGCACGAUACCUGGUUUAAGCCCAACGCUGACUCUCGAGUCCUUCGCCCAGUCCCCCUCUGAAGUUCGUCAGCGCGCCGCAUUCGCGGUGAAGCAUCCUUUGGUUUCAGUAGCCGCCCUUGCUGCUGUCUUCCAUGUUGCACUUCAUUCCGUUCAUGCCUCACAAACUGUCGAGGCCAAACGCCUAUUUCAAGAGGUCGUUGUACCCAAUCUAGACAUUUUUGUCGUCUCUGCUUUCGGGGUCCCCAAGCCUUGGCCUUCAAUGGCCACCGAGACAUUGAUUUCCUUGUUCGAUAACUUCCUUUACAAAAGAUCUGCAGAGUAUGACUUUGUCCUCGAUAGCCUUUGGCAAAGGGACCGGGAAUGGGUGACUCAAAGGCUUAUUGACGCCCACGCCAUCAAGCCGACCGAUCUGCCUCUAAUCUUCGAGCAUGCAGUCAAACACAAGUGGCUCGAGGACCUCGUUUCGCUUACCAGUGGCUUUGGUUUGGACCUCGCAGCUUUCGCACACGCAGAAGGCUACCUAGACCUCGGACACUGGGCUCGACAGAAUUCCGAACGGAGCGCCGAAGUAGCCCGAUCCCUACAACAAUUCUUGCUUAUCAAGGCAAAUCUUGAGCUACAAUAUCAACGCCCGCCUGAUGGGCAGUCCAUCGUCAAAUCCACGACCCUUCAAGUCAAAACCGUCUCGGCACUUCUCCAGAUAUUGGAAGAUUUCAUGCCCAAGGCUCCGGUCCACGACUUGAUCCUGGUGCAGCGGUCUUGUAUCACUGUCUACCCCCGCCUGAUCAACUAUGGGGAAGGGUAUGACGACGUUAUCGAUGCGAACGGCGCUGACGGCAAUGCAUUGCCAUUGGCUGCAAAUGCGAAAAUGGAAGAGCACUACAAAAAGAUGUACGGCGACGAGAUACAGGUUCGGAAUAUCGUCGACGUCCUCCGUCGGUAUAAACACUCUCGCGAUCCCCUCGAUCAGGACGUCUUCGCUUGCAUGAUUCAUGGGCUUUUCGACGAGUACGCUCAUUACGUGGACUAUCCGCUCGAGGCGCUCGCAACCACAGCGGUUCUAUUUGGCGGUAUCAUAUCGCAUAAGCUGAUUGCGGAUCUACCGCUCAAGAUCGGACUGGGUAUGAUUCUUGAAGCUGUGAGAGACUAUCCUCCAGAUGUCUCCAUGUAUAAGUUCGGUCUGCAAGCUUUGAUGCAACUUUUUUCACGUUUUAGAGAGUGGCCUGGAUUCUGCAAGCAACUGCUGCAGAUACCCGGCCUCCAAGGAACAGAAGCAUGGAAAAAGGCCGAGGACGUUGUCCGAGAACAUGAAGAAGAGGGCAGCCGUUCGCGCACCGGCCCCAACCCACCCACCCACGCAACUGCGUUCUCUGCUGAGCCUGUCCCCAACGGCGGUGCUGACGAGUCCCGUGAUGCUAAUCGCCAAGCACCUCCAUUUGCCUCGAUCAACGCAGAAAGUUCAUUCCCCGCGCUUGCAUUUGAGAGUCCGUCGGAUGACACCCAGGGAAAGAUCCAGUUCGUCCUCAACAAUCUUACAGAGACCACUCUUCAGUCUAUGUGCAAGGAACUACGAGACAUGGUCGAGCAGAGGCACCAGCAGUGGUUUGCCAGCCAUCUUGUCGAAGAGCGUGCGAAGAUGCAACCCAACUAUCAUCAAGUCUACUUGGAUUUGGUGAAACUGUUCGAGGACAAGGUCCUUUGGGCGGAGGUCUUGCGAGAGACUUAUCUCAGCGUUGCACGUAUGCUCAACUCCGAGGCGACCAUCACUAACCCUACCGAGCGCUCUCACCUCAAGAAUCUCGGUGGUUGGCUGGGACUUUUGACCUUGGCACGGGACAGACCGAUCAAGCACAAGAACAUUGCUUUUAAGCAGCUUCUCCUCGAGGCACACGAUACCAAGAGGCUGGUUGUUGUUCUUCCGUUCGUCUGCAAAGUUCUGAUUCAAGGAAUUCACUCAACGGUCUUUCGCCCUCCCAACCCAUGGCUCAUGGAUAUCAUUCACCUACUGAUCGACCUUUAUCAUCAUGCGGAACUCAAACUCAACCUUAAAUUCGAGAUCGAGGUGCUCUGCAAAGGACUUAGCUUGGACCAUAAGACAAUCGAGCCCUCGGGCGAGAUUCUUAAUCGUACUGCUGCCGACGAGCCAUUAGAGCUUCUCGGUCACGAUAACCUGGAGUCAUUUGACAAUCUGUCGCUCAACGGCCUAGCUACAGGCGUUAGCGCAGGUUUGUCACCACAAAUUCUCCCAGCAUCAAUCCCAGACCUCGCGCCAAUGAUUCAAAUACCCCCGACCAAUGAGAUGGUGGUUGCCACCUCGCGACUGCAUGAUAUCGUGCGCACUGCCCUCACUCGCGCGUUGCAAGAUAUCAUUCAGCCGGUAGUUGACAGAUCGGUGACCAUUGCGGCGAUUUCAACAAGGGAAAUGAUACGCAAGGAUUUUGCUACGGAGCCCGACGAAAACAGAAUUCGCACAUCUGCUAUUAAUAUGGUAAAAGCAACUGCUGGUAGCCUCGCACUCGUAACGUCCAAGGAGCCACUCAGGGGAAACUUCACCAACUACUUGCGAAACCUUUCCAACGACUUGCCGCAGGGCUUGCCUGAAGGGACCAUUAUAAUGUGCGUCAAUUCGAACUUAGACCUCGCCUGUAACAUCAUUGAAAAACAGGCCGAGGAGAGGGCGGUGCCUGAGAUUGAAGAGAUGAUCGAAACCGAGUUGGACGCUCGCCGCCGCCAUCGCGCGCAGAGACCGAACGAACCAUACGUCGAUCCUUCUCUUAGUCGGUGGGCAUGGACCAUACCUAAUCCAUUUAAGCUGUCACCGAGUCUCAGCGGAUUGAAUCCUGAACAAAUGGCGAUCUAUGAAGAUUUCGCUCGUCAACCGCGGGCCAGCAACACCACAACCGUCUCACACGCGCCAUCGGUAUCGGAGACAACCAGAUCAAUGGCAAACGAUGUAUUGGCAGAUCAAUUCAAUUCCCUGCCCAUCUCCACACCAGCCGAGACGCCCGCGGCGCAGCACCUGACUGCCCACAUGCCGUCCUAUGGACCCCCACAUCUGGGUGCCGUCGCAAGUGGUAGGCCAUUUCAGCUGGACGGACGAGCCCUCUUCGAGAGGGUCCAGAAACUCCUGGUUGAGCUCCAACGUGUGGCGACAGAAGCCCGUGAAGACCAUUUCAUUGAUUUGCCCAGGCCCCAUCCCGUUCUCGACGUGGUGGAUGCAUUGGUUCAGCACAUGAUCAAGACUUCACAAAAUUCGGAAGAAUUCGCCCUCUUUGCUGCUGAGCAAAUUAUCCAGCUUAUAUUCAGCCAGGUUGAAGACAAUCUUGCUCUGGAGAGUUUGGUUCACGUUCUUGAAACACUGCGCAAAAUCUCUGGACCGGUGUUGAACAAUCGAGUUACGACACUGUUCCGACAACAACCUGGCUCGAGCUUCCUUCGCCUGCCGCUUCUGGCUGCCCUGUUGCGAACAGACUUGAUCGACUGGAGAAAUGUUGACGUUGCGCUGGCUAAGACGGUGCAGCAACGGAAAGAAGGUUCCCUGGAAUUCCUGGAACAGAUGAUUGACCUGACCCUCUUGGGGACUCGGCCACUGGCCCUAUACGGCGACUUCGUACGCACCCUGGAUGUCGCAUGGACUUUGGUUCACGAUGAUCCGGAAUCGCCUGUUUCUCAGCGGCUAUUGACGAAGCUGUCAAGCCAAGGUAUUUCUCUGAGCGUGGCAGCGGACACCGAUAUCUUGCACCAACGAGAUCAAAUGGAGUAUGUUUUUGAUGAAUGGGUUCAUCUCUACGGCAACCCCAAUGCGCCCGACGAUUCCGCGGUGCUCUUUGCGCGACAGAUGCAGGCCAGAGGUCUGCUAAGGAACAAGGACGAUUUAUUCCUCCUCAUCAGGGUCGCCGUCGACGUCUGUGUUGACAGGUACGAGCAUUUUGCGCACACAACAGGCACAGUUGCAGAUGCCUUCGUCGCUACAGACGCACUCGCAAAGAUGAUAGGCGUUCUUAUCAAGGACCAUGGAGCAGAGGACGCGGGCAUAACGACAUCAAGGCCAGUUUAUCUUGACUCGAUCCUAGCCCUGCUGACCCUCGUCCUGAGCCACCAUCAUCUGAAGCGAGUUGAGCACUUCAAUCAAAGGGUGUUCCAUCGUCUGCUAUCCGUCUUGCUCCAUGAAGUGGGCGCAAUCGAAAGUCAAGUCGAUGAGCUUGAGCAGCUUGACAUGCUGCUGCGAAUUGCCUCCCGACUCGCGGAUCUCAGUCCCCGAUACCUUCCGGGCUUCGCCUAUGGCUGGCUGUCGCUUAUUCAACACAGAGCAUUUCUACCUGCUAUCUUGAAGGAGCGUGCAGGCUGGUCAGCGUAUACGACACUCCUACGCAUGCUCUUCGAAUUCGUUGGGGAACAGCUCAAAGCUCCUGAGCCCACCGCCGUGGCACGUGAUACAUACCGUGCGACAUUAAAACUGCUCGUUGUCCUGCAACAUGAUUUCACAGAGUACAUCGCUGCUCAUUCCGACCAGCUACGCAUAAGCUUGCCUCCCCACUGCAAGCAGCUUAUCAAUGCUAUUCUCGCCGCAAACCCGGCAUCUCAGGAUGCUCUGAGUCCUAAUGCGGAUCAAAGUAAUGGGUUGAAGGCGAAAGAGGGUACCGAAGACGACACUCCUAUUUUGCUGAGGGAGCACGGUCUCCUCGGCGUAGUCGAUCAGGCUCUGCACACUGGUCCAUCGGAAGACGGCUUGGCUCACAUGACGCGUGCCAUCAUCGAAUCUGACGCCCGCGAAACCGGAUUUGCGCACGUCAGUAUCAACGUGAAUCUUUCCGUCAUCGAAGCGAUCAUACUCCAUAUUGGCAAAUACGCUGUGGGGCGUUUGGCCCAAGGAGGAGAGUCUUUCAACCCAUCUUCGACAGACGUCGCAAUUUUGUCGCUAUUGAUGCACGAGCUGGCGCCGGAGCCCCGCUAUUACCUCGUUGUCGGCAUGGUUAACCAGCUGAGGUUCCCUGGCGAUAUGACGAGCUACUUCAGUCGAGUUCUGCUGGAAAUUUUCGGCCGCGACUUGAAUGAUCCCGACGACACAGAGAUCCGGCAGCAGAUCACGCGCGUGUUGUGGGAACGACUGAUCGGUUUCUGGCCACAGCCUUGGGGCCUCAUGAUCACGGUUCUGGAGCUUCUGAAGAACGAAAAGUAUGCUUUCUUCGACCUACCAUUUGUUAAGUCGUCACCCGAGAUAAUCGAUCGUUUCCACGCUGUUCUUCAGCGUGCGUAA